GAUGGCAGGUUUGCACAAACCGCCUACCGCUAGUAUAAGAUAUCCCACUAUAAAACAGAACAAAUUACAGGCGAAACCAAGCUUUGUCAUUUAUUUGGACUAAUGCAAUUUACUACUACCCAGUCUCGUGACUUCGGCUUGAACUACACGCGAGAGGGUCACUUCCGGUGCCAGUACACGAGUGAAAAGAUUAGUGGCACUGAACAGUUUAUUCACACGCGAAUAGUGUUUGUUUUGCAACUUCUGAAGUCUGUUGAUGAUGAUCAGUGGAUGGUCCUGUGAGUAGAAUGAUUGAAGAGGAUAGGUACAGAGCUGACGGUGAUGGCUGCCAGUAUACAGAUCGACCAACCCCAGAACAUCAAUGCGAUGUUCACCCUUCUGGAGUCGUCAGACAUCGACGUGGCUGACGACAUCCGAAGGCUCAUACUUGACAAUCUCACCUCAGGACGGGAGGCAUGGCUGAUCCACACGCUGGUCGACUAUUACUACGUCACACAUUCUGUGAGGAUCGAGGAAAUCCUGGCUGAGGUCCGAGAACCUCAGGAUAAGCCAUUGUUGGACAAGCUACAGGAUGGGCUGAAGAACAAGGAGAAGCUGCAGUCGCUGCAGCUGCUGAUGUACAUUGUCUACAAACAACCCCCCUGGACUCACAAGAUAGUGGCAUCUCCCAUCUUCUCUACAUUGCUCAAGUGUCUCAAGAAUGCUAAUGACAUCCCAGUUGUGAUGACGGCGCUGAUGAUAGUGACGAUGUUGUUGCCGGUUGUCCCGGUCACCAUUGGAUCCCAUCUGCAGGAAAUAUUUGACAUCUUCAUGAGACUCUCGACCUUCAGUAUUAAGAAACCAGCCAACACCCCAGACAUCUUCCUGCUGCACCUCCAGGUGGCGUUGUACAGCAUGCUGCAUCGUCUGUACGGGAUGUACCCGUCCUCCUUCCUCACAUACCUCCACCAGCAGUAUCGGAAGAAGGACAACGCUGCAGUCUUUGAUGAAGUCAUUAUGCCGAUGCUGGAGAGAGUCCGACUCCAUCCAUUCCUUAUUGUGGGGUCCCGAGAACAAGAAACAUCCACAAACAGAUGGAAGCGUAUGGAGACGCAGGACGUGGUUGUGGAGUGUACAAAGAUGUCGCUGGACCACCUGGAGGGGACGUGGGAGCAGCUGCGGUGUCCCAUCUUUGCUCACUCCUACCAGGCCGCCAGGGAUCUAGUCACACAAGCUCAGGAACACCCUCAAGGCCAAGAUGCGUCAUCGUCUCAAGGUAAAAGCUACGACAGUAUUGUGGAGUUCCUGUCAGUCCCCAACCCCGAUGUCUACCUGAAGUACAGCCCGUCAGUGCUCAUCGGACUCUCCACACCCCCACAGUCUCAGAGGAACACGCCCGCCACCAGCUUCCUGGACAUAAGCAGCUCAAGCAUGCCACAUUCAUUGCUAGGAACCUAUGGCAACACACCCAUGCAUACCCCGAUCGACACAACCCCUAGGGAAACGCCCACUAUGGCUGAGGAUGCAGAUAGAGCUCUCAGUAGAAACAGCACCCGCAGUCUGCUUCACAAAAGUGAUCCAAAGCGACAGAGCUUUGGCAGUACAUCCUCUCGAGGACCAUCCAACUUACCUGACCUGAAGAUCACACCCGGGUCCCAGCCCAGCAGUGUCCCUCCCUCGCCUCUCAAACCGGAGUUCACAUCUGAGCCUCCGAAGGGUGCCGUGAAAACAAUGCCAGUGAGGAGGGCAAUACGAGAGCUGCGCUUUGACCGCAUCCCAGAACUCCAGUGUGAUCAGAGAGUGCCCAGUGAUGGGUCCAGUUCAGUGGCCGACGGUGGGUCAAGGUCAGGGCUUGAUGGUGGGUCAAGGACAGUUCAUGAUGGGUCAAGGCCAGUCCACGAUGGGUCAAAGACAGUUCAUGAUGGGUCAAGGACAGUCCACGAUGGGUCAAGGACAGUUCAUGAUGGGUCAAGGACAGUCCACCAUGGGUCAAAGACAGUUCAUGAUGGGUCAAGGACAGUUCACGAUGGGUCAAGGACAGUUCACGAUGGGUCAAGGACAGUUCACGAUGGUGGCCUUCAGGUCAGCGUCGCAAGUGCAAAAGGAGGAACAAAUGUAAUUGAUGGGUUGAAGAGAUGUGAUUCAGCAGUUGAAGCUGUAACGAUUGAUGAGCUGCACCACGUGAUGCAGGAACUCGGGGAAGAUGAAGAUGGAGAAUGUGAUGACCCUGAGAUGGUUGCAAUCAACCAGGAAACCGAUACUACUAAAUCGGAAAGCAGUGAUAGUUACGACGAGGCUUCGUCUUCAUGUCAACAUCUCACAGCGGAAUCUGUGAAACAGUUCAUGACAAAGGUCAACAGAAUUCGCUUUAACAGUCUUUCAAACAAUGGCAAUGGUGAACAAACAUUUGAGAAACGAGGUGUUGUCAGAUCUUCCUCGUGUCCCAUGUUCAAGCAGGAAAAUGGCGUCAUUGAGGAGAACGAACCAGCAUCUCGCUGUGCUUCAACCAGCUUUCAGAGUCACUCCAACACAACAAUAGAUAAAUUACCAAUAGACAACGUAGAGCCUCCUCCCCAUGAACCUGAAAGUGGAGUUAAGCCAGAUGUGCCAAAAUGUGAAGAAAGAGACGUCCCCACAGUUCCAGAAAAAGAACCUGUGGAAAAGCAGUUGCCACUUGUGCUUCAGGAAGAUGGCAACACGUUCAAUAUAAUGAAAGUCUUUCAGACUCUCAUGUCUCCGGUUAGUGUGGUGAUGUGUCAAAAUUGUCGGAAUCAGCUGCUCGUACCUGACAGGAAGCCGUCUGAUGACAAGACAAAACACCAAGGUUGUGAGAUUCCACUGUUCAGCUCUGUGUCCCCGGUGGAGCUGCUGGAACGCCAUCUGAAGAUGGGCAGUGAGCUUCAUGCCAAGGAGCUCACGAGGAUACCACUGACCAGCAAGGACACUGUCCACUGGACUCACUUCGGAGGUGCCCCUCCAGCAGAUGAGGUAAACAUACUCCGGGGUCAAGUAUUGAUGCUAGGCAACCAGGUGCAGUAUGAAAGACACAAGAGGGAUCUUCAUGCCAAGAGGAACCGCAGGCUACUGAGGAAGAUUGCUAAUGCUACUGCCCUGGAGGAACAGAACAAAGCAAAGACGGAGCAGCUGAGGCUGCUGGAGGAGAAGAUCCACAACAUGCAGGUGUCACUGCGCCUUCUGCAGGACGAGAACCAGGAGAUGCGCCAGGCCAAGGAGAGCAACGAGUACGAGAAGCUUGUGCAGUUCAGAGUGACGAUGCAAGCGAACAGUGACUUUGAGAUGUCGAACACCGAGCUGAAGAGUCUACUUAUCACACAGAGGGAAGACCACGAUAAGCUCAAGAAGGCAUUGCAGGAGACUGAGCAUCGUCUGUUUGACAAGGAGAAACAGCUGGAGAUGAUGACUGAAGCUGUCAGUAGAACCAACAAGCUGAAGGAGCACGUAUUUACGCAGCAGAAGGAGAUCUUGCUGUUGGGGGAGUUGCAGCACAAGUACCAGGAGAAGAUUGACCUCCUCAAACGCCAACAGCACACACAUCCCCAACAUGAUCAUGUCGUCAUGGCAAUGAAGGCUGAGGUGAAAUCUCUGAAGUCUCAGCUGUCCCGGCAGACGGUGCUGCUAGACACAAGUCAGCGCAAGCUGUCCGAGUGUGAGGAGACGCUGAAAGACAAGGAAAUAGCACUGGGUGAAAUGAAGACAAAGUUAGAGGCAGUCAAGGCAAUUCAUGGAAAUGAAUUAAAGGCUGUGGAGGAGAAGUACAGGUUGUCCAUGCGCAUCAACCAGGAGUACGAGGGCAAGGUGCUGGACAUGUUCACACUCACUGACCAGCUCAACCAACAACUCCGCAUCCUCAGACAAGCUAAAGCUUCCAGAAGAGCACCUCGAAACCAAACAGAAGACCAGUCGACUAUCAGUAGAGCACGCUCCGUACCCCCAGACAGCGACAAGUCAGCAUCAGUGACGGAGUGUGUGGGAGGGCAGUGUGAAUCUCCAAAGCAGCAGGACAGUUCGGAUACAUGUAGUGCUAUGGCAUCAGAAACAGCAGCUCAAGGUACAUCCAAGCUUGCCGAAGAUGCCAAGUUCGAAGAUGGCAAACAUCUUUCCAAGAGUUUUGACUCAAUGUCCAUUACUUCCCAGGACGGUGCCAGUCCUUUAGGGUAUGAUGCCAAGACUAAGUCAACAGACAGCGAAGACAUCCAGUCUUUGUCAUCUCGGAGCACACGAACAAUGGACAGUGGAGUCUGGGAAAAAUCGACAAAAUGACGUCUCUGUGUCGGAUAUGAAAUACCAAAUUUGUACUUUGUUGCCAAGUGGUCAUCAUUCAUGCUGCAGCUUAUCUGCUCAUUUGUCAACUUUCAGCUGUUACAGUGCCACUUCAUCAAGGGAGACAACCCAUCUGCUUUGAUUAUAGUCUUUACAGCACUGUUGACAUUGUUGAGUGAAAUACAGCAUGAAAAUGCAGAUAAUUCUUGCAGAAAAGAAUUAUAUCAUGUCCGUCUGCACCUGUUUGAUGUGAGUUAUCUCCCUUUGCUAAGGGAGACAAUCCUGAUUUUGUGUUCUUGUUUGCCAAUGUUGAGUAUAUCAUGAUUUGUACUUA